AUGAAAUUUAAAUAUCUUGGUAUAGAGCUAUCCGGUUAUGGCGAUAUUGCAACAGAGGUAAGACAACAAACAACAAAAGCAAUGAGAGUGGCUGGAUGUCUCAACGACACCAUAUGGAAAAAUAAUCACAUAGGUGUCGAGGUCAGACAAGUAAGAAUAUACAAGGCUGUCGACAGACCCAUAAUGACCUACACAGUAGAAACCAGACCGGACACAGCAAAAACAAAAAGGUUCUUGGAAACAGGCGAAAUUAAAAUCUUCCAUAAAACACCAGGUAGAAUGCUACUAGAUAGAGAACGAAGCGAGAACAUAAGGCAAACAUGCAUGGUGGAGAACAUUAAUGAAUGGGUAUUAAACAGAAAGCGCGAAUGGAACGACCACAUCAACCGAAUGGACGAAGGAAGAAUAGUAAGCACAGCUCGAGACAAAUCACCACCAAUCGGUCUUAAAUGUCUAUUAUGCGCUUUUUCAUAG